AUGGCGUUCCUGCAGCAGAUGCGCUCCCCUCGCUUCUCCUUCAUCCAGACGGUGGCGUCCCUCCUGCUGAGCACCGUGGCCCUCAUGUCCUCCUACUGGUGCGUGGGCAAGCAGAAGGUGCCCAAGCCGCUGUGCUCGGCCACCAAGCACAGCAACUGCAUCCCCGUCCCCGGCGUCUCCAACUCCUCCCGGAUCCAGUUCUUCUGGGAGACCGGCGACGACCGCUUCGUCUUCCCCACCUUCCACACCGGCCUGUUCAUCACCUGCGAGGAGAACAUCUACACGGACGAGUGGGAGGAGAAGUGUCGAGGCUUCUACACGCUGACUCCAGGGUGUGAGAAAGUGAUGAUGUGGCUCUCGCUGUCGCUGGAGCUCAUCUACAUCGGCCUGCUGCUCAUCAGCUGCACGCUGCUGUCCGUGCAGCUGUGCAUCAGGGCCUGGUUCCCCUCCACGCAGCGCUGGGGGCAGCUGCUCAACGCUUUUGCGGCCGUCUUCACCGUCCUGGGAGGUCUGCUCGGGAUGGUGGGUCACAUGAUGUUCAUGCAGGUGUUUCAGACCACCGCCUCAAUGGGACCAGAAGACUUCAAACCUCACAGCUAUGGAUACUCCUGGGCGUUCUAG